AGACUGAAAUGAUUCAAUAAUUUUACUAAUUUUGUAGGUUUUAUCAAAUUUUGGGGCAAACAGAAUUGUGGUUGCUGGUCUUCCACCAAUGGGUUGUCUUCCCAUUGUCAUUACACUCAAAGCAAAUGAUGGAAUCCAUGAUAGAGGAUGCAUAAGCUCCCUCAAUUCCAUAGCUCUUGACUACAACCAGAAGCUUCAAGCAACACUACAAGAAUUUUCUUCUUCUUCUUCUUCAACCGAGCUUCAGAUAUUCUAUGUGGAUUCAUAUAAACCUCUUAUUGAUAUUAUAACAAGUCCAGCUUCAUAUGGAUUCAUGAUGUCAUCCGAAGGAUGUUGUGGAACCGGAUUGGUCGAAGCGGCGGUGCUCUGCAAUCCCAAGUCCCUCACGUGCAUUGACGCCUCAAAGUAUAUUUUUUGGGACUCCAUUCAUCCAACAGAGAAGGCUUACUACAUCAUGUUUAACAGUUUCAAGCCAGUGAUAGACUAUGUACUAAAGAGCUACUAGUAUGUUUAUUUCAUUGUUUCACUUGUAAGAUAUCAUAAUUUCAAUACUAAAGACUCAAGAGCUUAUAUUUCCAAAUUGCAAGCAAAAGUGUUUUUUCUGAGACAAUAAACAAAGUUCAAAAAGAGGUAAUGUGUAUAAUGGUUGCAAUUUACACAAACAUAUGGUGUUUA